GGUACUUGAGUCUAUGGCUAUUGGAAACCUCUGUACCUCCCAAUGUUAGGGAUGUAGGGAUAAAGUCUGUACUCAUGAUCCUCCCUAGACUCCACUUGUGGGAAUUACACUAGGUAUGUUAGUUGCUGUGCAUGAAUCUAUGCCCUAGUCAAAUCUAUAUGACCAUCCAAGAAACUUGGCCAGCCUCCAUUUUCGACUACAGAAAAGAGCCCUGCCUCCAAGCUCAGCUCAAAAAGCAAAGUAGAAAAACUCACCUCAUGGAUUCUUGUUUUGACCAAACAAAGCACAAACUAGCCUCCGUUUUCGACUACAACUAAAGAGAAUGUCCUCAUAAAAUAUACAAAGUUUCAGCACAACUUCGUUUUUGGUACAAAGGAGGUUUGAAAUUUGUGAUGAACGAACAUCUUUGACUAGGGGAGCUGACUAAUUAGAUCAGGGACUGAGAGGAUGAAAAUGGCCGGUAAUUGUAAAAGGAGAUGAAAUUUUUUUGGGUUAUUUUUCUCCUGCAAUAUUGUUAAUUUGUAUGGUAGAAUUCUGUAUGAUUAACAAAGUCAGCCGAAUCAGUAAUGUAUGAUUAACACAUCGGAGAACUAAUGUAGGUUGAACACAAUUUUAGCUAUUUUGAGAAAGGCACUUGGAUAAGCAGCUAUCUAAUUUUAAAGUCAAAAUUGUUUUAAGACUGGAAUAAUAUAUCAAUUACUAACCCACUAGCAGUCACAUUCAAAAACUACAUACUUUUCGGAAAAACAGCUACGUGCUACAUCACAAUUUUCAUUAAAUGUCAAAAUUGAUAGGAACCUUUUAGAAUUUUUAUAUUUGACACUCUAGAAAACAGAUAAAUUGUCUUACUAACUUUUCCAAAAUUGAAAAUUAUAUUACAGCACAAGGAAAAGUUUCAUCUAUUUGCUGACGGUUUAGGAAACAUCCACUCUACCUAAGAGUAAAGUCUGCAAAGAUUCUUCACAUCUGUAUAUGUGAUUACUCGAUACUUGAAUUGCUGAAAUGUAAUAAAUAUCCGGUGGAAUCGAGGAGUGCAACUGGCCCCGUAAGGUUCAAUAGGUGAAGGAUUUUGGACAGAGAGAAAGGAAAAUGCAAAUUCCCCAUGUAAUAUGUCCUUGUCUCUUUGCAAAUGUCUUGGAAUCCUCCACUGGAACACUACUAAGACAAGCUGGAUUUGAACCCCACAAAUACAUCUCUAUAUAGUUAGUUACCUGUUUGCUUUCCUAUGCAAACAGCCAACAGGCCUUUCAAUUAUAAAAGGACAUUUUCGUUCUCAAGUUUAAUUAUUGUUAUCUAUAUUAUUAUAUUGCCAAUACUCACCAACCUGAUAGCUCAACAAGUAUAUCAUUAUUCGUUAUGUAAACUUUUGGUUAUCAUUUUAACUAACCUCCUCUAGACUUAUUUAACAAAUGUAGCUUAUGUAAUAUAAUAUCAAAAUCCAAUCUUGAAAAAUGAAUCAUUUUCAAGAAUCAGAAGCGGAAUCAGAAUAUCAAACUUACGUCCAAACUCGUACAUUAGUCUCUAGUUUGGGCCGGAUUAUAAUAGACAAAGUUUACCGCUCUCGUCAUUUUGUUCUUGCAUCUGUUAUCCAACUUCCAAUAAAACUCAAUUACUAUGCCCAAUUUAGCACUUUCUCCCUCUCCAAAAAAGUGAAAACUCAGACCACAAAACUGGAAAAACUUCACCUUCUCGACAACAAGCCAUGCAACAAUGACCAAAACCACCUGUGACCAGGUUAAAAAUACAACACAGAUAUGAGAUAACUAUGUCACUCUACCAUCUGAAAAAUUUUGUCUUAAAAAAACAGUUCAGAUUUGGUCUCUUCGUUUUUUCUUGUUCCACGUUUUCCAAUUUGUUUCACAGUUUUCCUAUAUUUCCCUUCAGCUUUCUUGUUUGACCCACCAAUCCCCUCUUCACAUUUUGACCCUUCUUCCUAUUAUAUAAACACAACAACCAAAAACCUACAAAGCAUUUAUAAAUUCAUAAUAUCAUCAAACAGUUUGGUGAAGGGGCAAGGAAGAAGAAGAAGAAGAAGAAGAAGAAGAGAGAGCUUUACUGCAUUGCUUAUGGCAUCCAUUUGGAUAAUGAUAUCUCCAUGGACACCUUAUCUCUUCUCUUUCAUAGCUCUUAUACUUCUUCUUGAACAAAUCUUUUACCUCAAAAAGAAGCGUUUUCUUCCUGGUCCGAGUUUAGUGUUUCCCUUUUUUGGCAACGUUUUCCCUUUAGUCACCAACCCCACCAAAUUCUGGGACCUUCAAUCCGCUUUAGCUAAGUCUACAAGACAUGGUUUCUCAGCUAAUUACACCAUCGGUAAGUUCAUUCUAUACAUCCAUUCCACUGACCUCUCUCACAAGGUCUUCGCCAAUGUCCGCCCCGACGCUUUCCAUCUCAUCGGUCACCCUUUCGGGAAAAAGCUAUUCGGGGAGCAUAACUUGAUUUACCUAUUUGGGCAAGAACAUAAAGACCUCCGCCGAAGAAUUGCCCCAAAUUUUACCCCGAAAGCUCUUGCUACGUACACCGAUAUCCAACAGAGGAUUAUUAUCAAACACUUCAAGUCCUGGUUGGAUGAAGCAUCUAAAUCCCCUAGCACUCCAAUCCCGCUUCGUCUCCUUUGCCGGGACAUGAAUUUAGAUACUUCCCAGAUCGUCUUUGUCGGUCCAUACUUGAAUGAAGAAUCUAGAAGGCGAUUCAAUGUUGAUUACAAUUACUUCAAUGUUGGGUUGAUGAAACUCCCCGUUGAUUUACCGGGUUUCGCUUUCAGAAACGCUAGGUUAGGAGUUGGGAGAUUGGUCGAAACUCUUUCGGUUUGUGUGGAACAGAGCUUAAACAAGAUGAAAAGUGAAGAACAACCUACAUGCUUAAUUGAUUUCUGGAUGCAGGAGAAUUUAAGAGAGAUUAACGAAGCUAAGAAAAAUGGAUUAACAAAGCCAUUUGAGUACAGUAACAAGGAACUUGGAGGUUACCUAUUCGACUUCCUCUUUGCAGCUCAAGAUGCUUCUACUUCUGCUUUACUAUGGGCACUGGUGCUAUUGGAUUCUCACCAAAAUGUUCUUGAGAAAGUCCGGGAAGAAGUAGCGAAAUUCUGGUCGUCGGAAUCUGAUCAGCCGCUGACGGCGGAUAUGCUCAGGGAAAUGAAGUACCUAGAAGCGGUGGCGCGUGAGAUUAUUAGGAUCAGAGCUCCGGCAACUAUGGUGCCGCACAUUGCCGGCGAAGAAUUCCGGUUAACGGAAGAUUACGUUAUCCCAAAAGGGACAAUUGUAUUCCCGUCGGUUUUUGACUCGUCUUUCCAGGGAUUUACUGAACCGGAGAAGUUUGACCCGGACCGGUUCAUGGAAGAGAGACAAGAGGAUCGGGUUUACAAGAAGAACUUUCUAGCAUUUGGAGCUGGGCCCCAUGCAUGUGUGGGCCAGAAGUAUGCUAUCAACCACCUGAUGCUUUUCAUUGCUAUGUUCACGGCUCUGAUUGAUUUCAAAAGACACAAAACCAACGGCUGUGAUGAUAUCUCGUAUAUUCCUACCAUUGCUCCGAAGGAUGAUUGUAAAGUGUUCCUUUCACAGAGAUGCACACGAUUCCCAUCUCUUUGAUGAUCAAAUUUGUCCCCUUUUUUUAAUUUAAUUUAAUUUAAUUUAAUUCAGAUCAUCACAUUGGUCCCAUUUGGCCAUGGGUGUAAUAGGAAAAAAAAGUGAAUGGGGUCGAUGUGUAUUUGUUAUUUCCCUUUUUUUUUUUUUUUUUAAAAUUUUAGUAUGUGAAUACAUGUAACUUGAUCAAAUGAUCAAGAUUCUUUUGAAAUGCUUGUUGGAGCAAUUGAUGGAGUGGCAAAUAAUUGGGAUUGUGUGGAAGAUUAAUAAAAGAAAUUCCUUUUAAUUAAUUACUUA